ACUACACAUCCCAGGAGGCUAGGCAGCUUCUCUACCCUGGCAGGAAAACUAAAUACAUAAACCAAGAGGCAGCAUCUUCUUGUGGCCAAACUGCCUGCCUUCUUCUGAAUGCCUCUGCUGAUCCAAGCUGCACUGGAGAGGAGGGAAAAGAGAGUGAGAAAUAAAAUAUGGCAGACCCUGAAAGCACUAUCGUCAACACCAGUGUCAAGCAGAAAGAUCCCAAGGAAGCUCUCGUUAUCGCUGUGACUACAAGGGCCAUUUUCAACCUUGAAAAGGAGCAUGAGAUCUUCUUGACCAAGGGAAAGGAUGAGUAUGUGAAGCAUCAGCAAGCAAAUGAGAACAAUCCCUUGGAGCCAGGGACAGCCUUCGCUUUUAUUCAGGCGGUGCAGUUUGUGAACAAGAGACUUCUUGAAAGAAACCCUGAUGAGAAGAUGCUCUUUGAUGUCAUUGUUCUCUCCAAUAACAGUCCAGAGAGUGGCAUGCGCAUCAUCAACAGUGCUAAACAGCAUGGUCUGGAGAUCUCCAAGUUUUGCUUUGUCAGUGAUGAAGACUCUACUCAGUACUUGAAAACCCAUAACGUGAAGCUUUUUCUCUCAGCUGACAGAAAAGAUGUAUGCAAUGCAAUUCGGAGAGGAAUAUCAGCAGCACUCAUCUUCCAGCAGGAGAUACAGGCUCCUACCAACCAGCUGCGUGUUGUCUUUGAUGGUGACGCAGUUCUCUUUUCUGAUGAAACCGACCGUGUCUUUCGUGAGAAGGGGCUGGAGGGUGCUAUUGCAUAUGAGAAAAGUAUGGAAUCUGUGCCCAUGGGAGAGGGGCCAUUGAAAAACUUUGCUUUGCACCUUGGGAAAAUGCGCAACAAGUUUGAUCAAGAGGACUCCCCAAUUCGGACCUACUUAGUAACUGCCCGCAGUGGCUGUGACAUGGGAAUUCGGACCAUCAAAACCCUCAGGGAAUGGGGCCUGGUAAUUGAUGAGUCCUUCUUCAUGGAUGGAGCUCCUAAAGGCCCCAUCUUGUCCAUGAUCCAGCCUCAUAUCUUCUUUGAUGAUGGUCUUCACAAUAUACAGGGUGCCUUGGAUGUUGGUGUUCCCUCUGCCCUGGUCCUUUGUGACUGCAGUAAGGAUGGAAUAGGCCACAUUACCAUGUGACAGCUUAGCACAGAUUGUGGCUGAAGAGAUCAUGAAAUUAUGAAAGUCUGGAUACACUCUGACCACAUUUUGUAGCAAAGCAAGCAAGACUGUUGUGGAAGAUAUGAAAUUGAAUGAGGUUGAUGAAAAGCAGGAGAAAGGCAGGCAGGCCGGCCGGCCACUGGAACCCUCCUGAGAACAUUUGCCUCUCCUCAAAUGUCACUCAGCAGCCGAGGAGGAAAGUAGGACCACCACCACCUUUCUUGAGAAGCCACAUCCAUUGGGAUUUGCCUCUCCCCAACCGAUAUCCAGUAGCUAUGAAACUGAAGAACCUCACAACCCAAUUUUCUUGUUUUCCAUCUCCUCCUUCUCAUUCCUUUUUCUUUUACUUCCAGUCUUUUGAGAAUGUAGGCCUGAAGGGAGGGACUGAUGUGUUUAAAAAACUGAUAUGAAAAGCCAGUGACAGGAUCUUAUCAGCUGUAGAGUGAGUAAGAAAGGCUAUAAAUAAACAAAACACAUUUGGAGUAAAUCAAAAACAAAGACCAGAGCAGCCAAAAAAAAAAAUCAAACUGCAAAAUAGAAAAGAUGCUUAAAAUUGAUAUCUGUUUUCCUCUGCCUCAACUCUUUGUUCUUCACCAAUUUGUUUUAUAUUCUGUUAGUGCAAAGGCACUUCUUAACUAAAUUUAGGCAAAGUGAAACUGCAGUUCUGCUCUUCAGAAAAAGAGGGGAAACUAGGGCUCAGUUUAUGAAGGGAAUUAAUCCUCAGAAUUACAGUCUGGAGCUUCCAUCCAAUUAACUGUGGUGUUCUGCCAAUAAUACUUCAACUAUGCAUGGCUUCCCUCUUACAGAGAAAAACCUGUAGUUGUAAAUAUAUUCAUUUGUAAAAAGCAUAAGCCUUUACUGUGAAUCUUCUGUUCCCAUUAGCACAAUCUGGAGGUGAACAAUAAAAAUUCCAUUCUGGAGGCUUA